UCGCGCCCGUCUGGUCGCGGUUGCGCAACCGCGACUAAUGGCAGUUGCGAACCGCGACCAAAGGCCAUUUUUCUACUAGUGAUUGCAGUGUAUGCAGGAGGUAGCGAAAUGGCUAUAGCAUGGGUGGAAGCUCUGGUGACGCGAUUGAAUUUCCUUGUGUUCCGGAUAGUGCCGCUUGUCAGCUUAGGCAUGUAUCUCAUCCUCGCCAUCUUCUCCGACAGCCGCCGGCGUGAAGACAAAGGUUGGAACUGGAAGAGAUCUUGGAAGAGAGUGUUAGUGUGGGUGGCGUACCAGCUGACUGACUGGGGCCCGGCAUAUGUCAUCGGCAACCUGUACCUUGAAACCGAGCCGCACGACAAGAUAACCGUCGCAUUCUGGGUGCCAUUCCUCCUGAUGCACCAUGCUCGGUCGGACAACAUCAGCGCCUACGCAACAGAGGACAUUAAGCUCUGGGAGCGCCUAAUCGUGAUAGAGAUCCCCUUAUCUUUGGGAUCCUGCUUCAUUGUGUGUAGGUAUAUACUUACUGAAUGUUCUGCUGACUGGUUUUUGCGCUGGGCGGCUGGCAUCAUGUUAGCCCUGGGCCUUUUGAAGCAUCUGGAGGGUAUGCUGGCACUAUGGCGAAGCGACUUGGGCCACAUCCGGAAGAGCGGGUUAUCCAACAAGCAGACGAUCAAACUUGAUGAUUAUAGAGAUCAACGGAAGCUGAACCUGGAAGAUGAGGAAGCCCUGCUGAUUGCUCAUGACCUGUUCGAGAUCUGCAAGGGAGCCUUCUGUGAUUAUAAGGCAAAAAUGGGUGAUAGGGAUGAUAAAAAAAUGGAUCAUGACGCCAUCAGAAGCAUGUUCACUGAUAGAUGGGAGAGUAUGUGCAAGGUAGUGGAGAUGGAACUCUCCCUUAUAUAUGAUAUCCUCUACACCAAGGCAUCCGUAGUCCACACCUGCCAUGGCUAUUGCAUCCGUGUGGCCUCACCGCCCCUCACCGCCACUGCGCUGCUGCUGUUUUUUCUCCACUGCAAAAAGGGCAUGGAGCCAAUAGAUAAAGAUGUCAGUUACAUAUUGCUGUGGACGACCCUCUUCCUCGACUUGAGAUGGCUGUUCGGAGCACUAGCAUCAGCAUGGACAUAUUCAUACUUCAAACGCCUGCCACACAAUUGGUUGAAGCAUGAAUUAUGUUGCCGGGGAGGAUGGAAGAAGCUCCGUUACUGGGGUGUGUCUCAGUUUCUCUCCCGGUUCUCCUUGUGGUUGUGGACAUGCGCAUGUCCCAAGGAUCCCAACAAAAGCUACAGAAGGUGGGCGGGCACCUUCGGGCAGCGCAACUUGUUGGACCAGUGCACCGCAGGAAACAGGCACAGCCUAUACAGCGUAUCCAGACUGGAGAUUGAAUCGGAAGACCACUCCAGAGACUCUGAGAUUCCAUACCUUGUCAAGAAGCUGGUGUUCAAGGUUCUAUGUGCAGAUUUAUUCCCUCCUCCCCAGAAACCGACUGGCACCGGUUGCAAAGAUAAGGAAGAACCAGAGAAGGUUCCCCCUGUGGGAGGAAUUAACCGAACAAGCCCUCCGUUGCUGCCCUGCCCCAGGGAGUGGAUCUGCAGUGGUAUGGACAAUGUACCUCCUGCAUGGGCGCACCAUUGCCCUUGCGAGGAAGCCGCAAUGACCUCAUCCGGUCCCUAUGAGCAACAAACUGAUGAUUGCUGGAGGUAUGAUCAAGCCCCGCCUGAAACCUAUGAGCAAGCUUGUCUCUGGAGAAAUGUCCACGUCGGUUCCAUUCAUGACCAGUCCAUGCUCAAGCUCAACAACCCCAACAAUCAAGCUGCUCCCCCCAAGUCCACGGAUUUCCCUCCUGAGCUUCAAGACGCCGUCCUCAUAUGGCACACCGCCACGGAUGUUUUCCUCUCAAGUAACCACACCGCAGCGCUCCAAGAUGAUGGGAAGGCAAUCAAGGCGAUAUCAGAUUACAUGGUGUUCCUCCUCUCCAAACGCCCCAGCAUGCUGCCGGGCCUCAAGCUCCGCAGCCUGUACGAGAAUGCCCGCACUACUCUGAAGGAGAUAGGGAAAGUUAAAGAGAAGGAUAAUCCCAGUAGUUAUACAACAAAACAAGAGAAGGCUAAUGAGCUUGCUAAGUGGAUGCUGAAAAAUGUGCAUCAUCUCAAGGACCCAACUUCUGCUAUCAGGAAAGAAUUAAGGAAGGAUCGUCUCGAGGGCCUUGAUACUCUGUUGGAAGGAACUCAUUUCGCUCGGGUCCUGCUACGCCAAAUACCUGAUUGGAGGGAUACUGACGUGGAAAAAAGUAUGCGUAAACUUGCGUGCUGGAUUCCACGUCUGCAGGAACUUUAGUAUGUAAGAUGAUAAGCGUUCCCUACUCCUCGAGGGGGAGUCGUGGGCUGUAUAUAUUGAUGUGCCGAAGCCAAGCCUUGGCGUACAAGGAAGGUUUUACAAGAGUUUGAGUAGAACAAGUAAAGGAAAGAGUUGGAGGCUGCUACGGAAACUAUAUUCGCUAACACCCUCCCUUAAUCUUAACUACCCUAGAUUAAGAUUACUCUUGAACUCCUCAAACGGUCUUGCUGGUAAAGCCUUUGUAAAGCCGUCCGCCACUUGAUCCUUAGAGGGAAUAAACCAUAUCUCAAGUUUCUUUGCUGCAACCCUCUCUCGCACAAAGUGAAAAUCAAUUUCUAUGUGCUUUGUUCUUGCAUGAAACACAGGGUUUGCAGACAAGUAUGUUGCUCCCAAGUUAUCACACCAUAAACAUGAGAUACGAUUUUUCUUGAUCCCCAAUUCCUCAAGAAGUGAUUCAACCCAAAUGAUUUCAGCAGUUGCAUUCGCCAAGGACUUGUAUUCAGCUUCUGUGCUUGAUCGUGACACAGUUGCUUGCUUUCUAGCACUCCAAGAAAUAAGAUUGGACCCAAAGAACACUGCAAAACCUCCAGUUGAUCUUCUAUCAUCACUGCAUCCUGCCCAGUCAGCAUCAGAGAAUGCACUCACAAGAGAGGAGCCAGAACGUUUGAAGUGAAGUCCUGUUCCCAUAGUAUGCUUCACAUAUCUUACAAUUCUCUUGACAGCUGACCAAUGUGCGGAAGUGGGAGCAUGAAGAUAUUGACAAACUUUAUUAACAGCAAAUGAGAUAUCUGGACGUGUGAGAGUUAGAUAUUGUAAUGCUCCCACAAUACUUCUGUACCUUGUGCUCUCUUCUUCUUGAAGUGGCUCACCUUCAUAUGCUGAGAGUUUUUCUGAGGAAGAUAAAGGUGUAGGUACUGGCUUGCAAUUCUUCAUUCCCAUGCGAGACAAAAGCUCAAUGAUAUAUUUCUCCUGAUUUAACACAAUACCAUCUUGAGUUUUUCUAACUUCAAUCCCAAGGAAGAAAUGCAAGUCACCCAGGUCUUUCAAGGCAAACUCUGAGCUCAAGUCAUGCAGAAGUGCAUUAGUAGCAUUUUGUGAAGAACUUGCAACUAUGAUAUCAUCAACAUAUAUAAGCACAAAAAUGACUACUCCAGCCUUGUUAUAAAUAAACAAAGACAUAUCAGCUUUAGAGGCAAUGAAACCAAGAUAUUUCAACUGUAAGCUUAAUCUGGAGUACCAUGCUCUGGGUGCUUGUUUUAGACCAUAGAGUGCUUUGUCAAGCUUGCAAACAUAAUGUGGUGAUUCCUUAUCCUCAUAUCCAGGUGGUUGUCUCAUGAACACUUCUUCUUCCAGAACACCAUGCAAAAAUGCGUUCUGUACAUCUAGCUGUCUUAGGCUCCAACCCUUGGAUACAGCAAUGGCUAGCACAAGUCUGAUAGUUGCAGCUUUCACAACAGGACUAAAGGUGUCCUCGUAAUCAAUACCAUAACGUUGCUUAAAGCCCUUUGCAACUAGACGUGCUUUAUACCUGUCAAUGGAGUCAUCUGCCUUCUUUUUGAUUCUGUACACCCAUUUACAAUCGAUGAUAUUUUUGCCUUUUGGGUUUGGUACAAGAUGCCAGGUUUUGUUCCUCAUAAGUGCAGAAUAUUCCUCAUCCAUUGCCUUCUUCCACUUAGGAUCGUCAAGUGCACUACUCAACGUUGUUGGCUCUCCUGAAAUACACAACAUUCCAUAUGGUAUAGUUCCAUCUUUUCUUAUUUUAGGAUUCCGUAUACCUUUCUGUAGACGUGUCAUAACCCGUGAAGAAGCUGCUGGCUGAACCUCAGGAAUGCUGGCCACAGAAGAUCCUGACGAGCCUGCAUGUGCUGACACAAGGGAAUCUGCCGCCUCCUGCGCAGAUGAUCCUGCAGCCGAAGGUGUGGCCGCCUCCCCAGAGCGCACACAAGGGCCAACCGCCCGGUCCGGCACAGCCGAUCCGCUGCCCGACCGCGGUUGCGGGCGCACGCAGGGCGAGGGGGAUCCGGCCCCACUGCUGGUCCCUCCUGUUGCUGAGGUGGCGGCGCGGGAGUGGCCCUCCCUGGAUUCAUUGCCGCAGCUGACAGAGGCGCGAUCCAAGGCGGAUCUGCUCGCGCGAUUCGAGGUCUGCCCGCGCACAGGAGUUCCAGGCGCCGCGGAUCACCUUCGUUGUCCGUGCCAGGUUCGUCUUCUUCCUCAGCAUGCAAUAUAGGAUCAAUUUGAGCUAUAUUUUCAGGAUUUUGAUCAAUUUGAGCCCUGUUUUCUCCAGAGACCUGCACAGGCAACAGAGAAGAGCAAGUACUAGUAGAAAUAUCGUCACUUUGAUUAGUACAAUUGUUGCCCCCAUGAUCAAAAGACCGAAGAUGUGGAGGAAGAAGAAGAAUUUCCUUGCGAAGAAGUGCACCGGCAUUGGGAUGAAGUGAUGCAAACGGAAACACGGAUUCAUCAAAGACAACAUCUCGGGAUAUGUAGACCCUACCACUAGGAACAUCAAGACAUUUGACCCCUUUAUGCAUGGGACUAUAGCCUAAAAAGACACACUUUUUUGAGCGGAAAGCAAGUUUGCGUGUAUUGUAGGGUCUAAGAUUGGGCCAACAUGCACAACCGAAAACACGAAGAGAUGUGUAGUUUGGUGUGACACCAAGGAGUCGUGUAAUAGGAGUUUCAAAUUUGAUAACUUUGCUUGGAAGCAAAUUGAUAAGAUAUGUAGCAGUUAAGAAUGCUUCAUCCCAAAAUUUAAGUGGCAUGGAUGCAUUUGCGAGCAAUGCAAGCCCCAUAUCAACUAUGUGACGAUGCUUUCUUUCAGCAGAUCCAUUUUGUUGGUGAACAUGAGGACAAGAGACAUGAUGUGAUAUGCCAAGUUUUUGGAAGAAAGAAUUCAAUUUUUCAUACUCAUCACCCCAGUCACUUUGCAUAGCAAUGAUUUUAGAGUUCAGUUUGCGUUCAACAAGAUUUUGGAAAUUGAGAAAGACUUGGAAAACAUCAAACCGUUUCUUUAACAAAUAAAUCCAAGUAAAUUUACUAUAGUCAUCAAUAAAGCUUACAUAAUAAGAAAAUCUCCCAACUGAAGUAGGGGAUGGCCCCCAUACAUCUGAAAAUAUGAGUUGUAGAGGAGCAGUAGACACACUAGUAGAGAUGGAAUAAGGUAAUUGAUGACUUUUUGCUUGUUGACACGGAUCACAAACUGACUCAACACUAUUCUUAUAAGAGAGUUUAUUUUUGCUAAGAACGUAUUUAACUAUGACUGAAGAUGGAUGACCUAAACGACUAUGCCACCUUGAUGAUGAUGGCUUGGUGACAAUGUUGGCUUGCUUAUUUGACCGUGAAGAAGAUGAUGAUGAUAUAAGUGGAUAGAGGCCUCCCACGCACCGUCCUCUAAGAAUGAUUCUCCUUGUUCUCAAAUCCUUAACCAAGAAAAAAUAAGGGUAGAAUUCUAUGAGAACAUUGUUAUCAAGGGUGAAUCGAUGAAUGGAAACAAGAUUUUUUGAUGUUUGAGGGACAUGCAAGACAUCAUUCAGGUGCAAAUUUUUCAUGGGGUUUUUAACAAUUGAAUUACCAAUGUGAGUGAUAUUCAUACCAGAACCGCUUGCCGUGCGAAUUUGGUCGCCUCCAUUGUACUUCUCCCGUGUUGUCAGCUUCUCAAGUUCACCUGUGAUGUGAUUUGUUGCUGCACUGUCGGCGUACCAGUUUGUAUCUACGCCAUAGGAGACAGCAUGCGCCUCCUUCUCUUCCUGAUCGUUCUCUUCAUAGCGCCACCAGCAAAUACGUGCGCCUCCUGGAUGGUGCCUAUAGCAUAUCUGACAUUCCGGGUAAUCGUGCUGCUGUUCACGCACCUGCUGUUGUUGUUGUUGUCGAGGGCGUCCUCUGAAUCCGCCGCCUCUGUUUGCAGGAGAGGGCUGGCGGUCACCGCGGUCACCGCGAUCACCACGGCCGCGCCCCCUUCCUCCUCGCCCACGGGGUCUGCCGUGGGACUGGCCACGGCCUCUGUAGACUGCGUUGGCCGAUGAAUGAAAUCCUCCUGAAGAUGAAUCACCCAGCAUCUCCAUCCUCUGAUCAAAAGCAGAAAUCUGAGCGAAGAGGUCGUCGGCGGUGAUAGCGUUCUUGACAGCACCGAUCGCUACAACCACAGAGUCGUAGUCGCGAUCAAGUCCCGCCAGGAUGUAGUCCACCAUCUCCGGGUCAGAGACAGGGCGCCCAGCAGCAGCAAGUUCAUCCCCAAGGCUCUUCAUCUUUGCCAUAUACGCCGAGCUCGACAUGGUGCCCUUCUUGGUGUUGGUGAUGGCGAUCCUCAGAUUGGUGAUCCGGGAUUGUGAUUGCGAGGCGAAGAGAUUUGUCACCGUCGUCCAGAGCUCGUAGGUGGAGUCCUUCCCGACGACUUGUGCAAGGAUUUCAGGAGACAUAGAAUUGAGUAGAUAUGAUAGGACCUGUUGAUCUUUGGCGAUCCAGGGCCCGUAGAGGGGAUUCGGCUCUAGGGCCGUGGUUUUAUCCGCCUUCGUGAUCUCCACCAUCCUCGAUGGAGCGGCAUCGGAGUUGUCCAGGAGCCCAGUAACCUGCGCACCUCGCAGGGCUGGGAGAACCUGAGUCUUCCAGAGGAUGAAAUUUCCUCUUGCGAGCUUCUCUGACGGCGGCGAUCCAAAGUUAAGAGCAACGCCGGCUGAGGAAGCCAUGGAGACAAUGAUAUGUGGUUUAGGGUUUUGAUCUUUGGCUAGAUGUUUUGGGAAGAGGUGGCUCUGAUUACCAUGUAAGAUGAUAAGCGUUCCCUACUCCUCGAGGGGGAGUCGUGGGCUGUAUAUAUUGAUGUGCCGAAGCCAAGCCUUGGCGUACAAGGAAGGUUUUACAAGAGUUUGAGUAGAACAAGUAAAGGAAAGAGUUGGAGGCUGCUACGGAAACUAUAUUCGCUAACACAGUAUAUGGAUGAUUCUCGCAUGUUAAAGUUCAUCCUAGAAGAGUGGGUGCAUCUGCUCAUGUACGCGUCCAUCCGGGCUAGCAGGGAGGCCCAUGCCGAGCAGCUCAGCUGUGGCGGCGAGCUCACGACCCCCGUGUGGAUCAUCACGGAGCACGCGGAAGACACGUUUGUCAGAUCCAAGUGCCCAUCGCUUUUCCUUUAAAAAUGCUGCCUCAUGAGACUAGCAAGUUGUACUCUUGGUUUGGCGGUCUUGGUUUGUAUCCGUGUAUCUCUUUCCUCCGGUUUGGUUGUAUUUGUGUUCAUCUAUAUCUCUGCUUCUCUGGUGAAAAAAAGGUGUCUAUUGAUCACCUACUGUUUAAACUCUGUUGUGAUACUUUUCAUCCCACUAGCUAAUCUGUAGUCUCCUUCAGUAUCUAGUUGUAAUCUUGUUUUUCUGGUUUGGUGGUUGUACUCUGUACUCCUUCAGUUCAUUUUUAUUACAACUUUCUGGUUUGUUUGUAUGUGCUUCAAUAUUUACCUGAGAAAGAGAAACUUUUCAUUAUUAACAGAGAUGGGUUCAGAUUGUAUUCUUGAUGAGAGAUUUGGUUCAUUUUCAAUCUUUCGUGAUGAGGCCUGUUUCUUUUUUCGCUGGAACAUUUGCUAGCUUCAUGGGAUGUUGGUUUCCUGACCGUACUCUAUAUUAAGCUUUCAUUUUACUACCCGAAUUUGAUGGCUUUUGAAUAUUUUUCCCCACCAAUGUUACUGAUGUGUCUAUGCUGUUCUUGAAAUCCUUUGCUCACUGUACCAAAUGAAUUUGUACAGUCUUGCUUGUUCACAUUUUUCUAGUUGUGAUGCCAAUUCUUGUGUGGACCGGAUAUAACAUUGAUAUUUCGUGCAAAUAAGCAGUUUACAAUAACAAUCUUGUAAAUGAAACAAGCAUGAAAGGUGUUUUUAUACUUUACACCAUUCAUCACCAAAAAUAAGCUAAGAUCCAUAAGCCUUUAGAAACCCAAUCAAAUGAAUUUCACUGUUUUUUCUUUUCACCGCGGCUUAAGCAGAUUCUACUGGGACAACUGGCUUAUGCACAAGCCGAAGCUGAAGCAAUUCCUAAACCAGCCUAGCCUGGAGUUGUAUCUCUGAAUUAAUUGAUUUGUCAUUUCCUUGCUACCCUUGAUUUGCAUCAGCAAGUGAUAUGUCCGAAUCUUGAUCUAAGAGGCCUCCGUGGAUUUGCCCUUAGCAUCGCGUGUCUCGUCUUGCAGCAAUAACGGGUGAUCGACCCUACCAACAGCGGAGCGGCGGCACACCAUCAACUCGUGCCGGUGGACGGGUGGAGCAAGGUGGAUGGUUCCCAAAGGACCUGACUGUAUUUUUAUGUGUGAGGGAUUCUCUAUUACGAGACCCUUGUUCUUUCGCGAAAAGGAAAAUGUUUUACAGGUCUCGUGCAUGAAACCAAAAAACAGUUGUAGAAGGAUGUCACAAAAAAAAAAGGCAGUUGUAGAAUCCUGCACUUACUUAUAGCAGGUUACUUGAUCAAACAACGCAAACUACCAGCUCGCUCGAUUACUACCAGGUUAGUCGACGGCAAAACAUUCUACCAGAUUGAGAAUAAUAGGGUGAAGGCACUCGUGUGUAAUUUUGAGAUUUUUUAGAGUACCGCCGCGGACGAUGACGACGAAGAGCCGCCUACGGCAAACAAUUGGAGCCGGUGCCCCGCCCGUCGGGCCAAGCCUCGCCAUCAAGUUCGAGGAACCACCGUGGCCUGGGCCAUCCAUGAUUGAUGCAGCAUCAUCUGCUGGUCCUCGUUGCCGUCAAAAAGAAGAGACAAAACGCAGCAGUUCUUGUACAUCCCCAAAAUACCCUUGCUCUGGAUAAUAUUUUUUUUAAAGAAAUGUUCGUCUCCUGGCCGCUGCCGCGCCUGACCAGUGAUGGCGGCGCCCUUCACGUCGGCACGUCCGCCACCGACUCCCGGCAGAACCUUCCGGUUCCCAACUCCAAGGAGGACAGCGCCCCCGACCGUCGAGGAGGCAGGCGACGGCGCGGGCGCCCCACGUUCCCAGACAGCAUGGUUGUGGCGGCGCCCCCUUCCGUCGCCCCCGGGGGCGACGAGGAUACGGGUCCGACGCCCCUCAACG